AGCAACGCGAGUAGUGUCAUUUUAGAAAUAAUUGCGUUUUCUAAAAGAAAUUAAUCUCAAUUUAAACAUAAUAUAAAUACCAUCCCGAUGUGAUAAAUAGUUACGUUAAUGUGCAGGUGUGUUGUGAUGAAUCUAACAAGUGAAAGAGUUAUUUUUGCUCUUAUAGAACAGUUAAUGUGAGUUCAAAAUGGCAAAAAAAUCUGAUAAUACAGGGGGAAAAUUGGUAACAGUUUCUGUUGUUGGACUGUCUGGCACAGAGAAAGAAAAGGGCCAACUUGGCAUCGGCAAGUCGUGUCUCUGCAACAGAUUUGUUCGAACUGAUGCUGAUGAUUAUAAUGUCGAUCAUAUAUCUGUGUUAAGUCAGUCGGACUUCAGCGGUCGAGUGGUGAACAAUGACCACUUUUUGUACUGGGGCGGGGUUCAGAAGGAGAACGAUGAGCAGGAAUUCAGGUUCGAGGUGCUCGAACAGACGGAGUUUGUGGAUGAUGCGUGCUUCCAGCCUUUUAAAGCGGUGGGUAAGACGGAGGCGUACGUGAAACGGUGCGUGGCCACCAAACUGCAGUCCGCAGAGAAACUCAUGUACGUGUGCAAGAAUCAGCUCGGCAUUGAGAAGGAGUAUGAGCAGAAGUAUAUGCCUGAUGGAAAACUGUCUGUGGACGGGUUCCUCUGUGUGUACGAUGUGAGCCUCGUGCCUGGGAGGACUUGGGAGAAACAGAACGAAAUAACAGCGGCCAUCCUGCAGAACAUAAUCAAGCUUAAGAAACCUGUAGUUCUUGUAACAUCUAAAAACGACGAGGCCUGUGAGCAAGGUGUCCGCGAGGCAGAGCGUCUAGUACAACGCAAGGAGUUCAAGGGCUCCAUACCCAUCGUAGAGACGUCCAGUCAUGAUAACGUUAACGUGGAUCAGGCGUUCUUCCUGCUUGCACAGAUGAUCGACAAGACGAAGGCCAGAAUUAAGGUUGCAAAUUAUGCCGAAGCCUUGAGGAUAAGGAGAGAACAUCUAGACUUCGUUACUGAAGCUUUCACGCAACUUAUCAGGAUACAUGUGCAGGAUCAUAAGGAAAUGUGGUCAGCUGCGAGUAAGCGAUUAUGCCAUUAUCCCGAAUGGACCAAAUUCGUACAGCAAUUUGGCAAUGAUGGUACUCAGGUUGUCUUCCGUCGACAUAUACGCCGUUUGAAAGAGGAGCGAUCGGCUAAAAAGCUUCGCAAGCAAUUGGCGAAACUGCCGCAAGUUUUAUCGAGAAUGCAGCUAUCUACUGAGGAUUUGCAAGAGAACGAAUGGGGCGCCAUAGUACGUCAGAUACGCACGCACCGCGACUUCACGGUGUACUUCAGCGAGGGGCUUCGCCACGACUCCGCCUCGCCCUCCGCCUCCGAAGCGGACAGCCCCCUCCCGGCAGACACCACGUUAAGAGUGGGGGAAAGGGCUAGGUACCAGACACUGGGACAAUCACAAAAAAUCCCGUACGAGAUCUUGGAUACGAACGAAGCUGCGUCCGUUUUCAAAGCGUACUUGCAUGAAGCGCAAGAGAAACAAAGGAAUUUGGAAUGGUGCCAACAAUUCAAGCGGCUUCUAGAAGAGACCGGUUAUGUCACGCCGGGUAAGCAACUGUCCGAAGUGCGCGUUUUAUUGAUGGGUCGAGAGUGUUAUGAGGCGCUAUCAGAGGAACAACAGCAGAGGGUGUACGAUGAACAUCAGAGGGAGAUACAGAGACGGGCUAAGCACAAUUUUCAGGAGCUAUUACUGGAGCACGCAGACUUAUUCUAUCACUUCAAGAGAAUAUCACCAACCGGGACCAUCACACAAGAGGACAUAAAGGAAAUCACUGAUGUACUGCAAGAUGACUUCCGAUACAAAAUGCUGGACCGCAUGGAGCAAGACAGGAAGCUGAUGCUGUUCCAACACCUUGGGUUCGUGCACUGCCCCAUGAGGGAGCACUGCCCCGCCGGGGCAAACUGCCUCGAUGCCACGCUGCCCGUCGUGCUCAACACUAGAGUGGGAUCGUUGACGUCAACGGGCGAGUCGCAGUGCCAAGCGGGCCCGCCGGCCGCGCCUUGGGCUCUCACUACGGACUCCAAUCAGAUUAACGUCAUCAUAUUGGGAGUGGAUGAAAUAGCAUCGGAGUUCGGCAAGCGUCUCAUAGCCGGGUGUGACGGUGACAAACGUGUGAGCGUCAACGGUGUAGCGUGGCGUUUGGAUCAGCGGCGUCAUACUGACGUGUUAAGGGAUUAUGCACCUAAUGGUUAUUUCUGUGUAUAUCAAGAUCAAGAGUCAUUCGAAUUUAUAAGAAAUUGUGCUGAAAAGACACUCCUGUCGAGUCUAGAACAAGAAGAUAAAUUACCCUUUCAGGGAUUACCAUUGGUGGUUAUAUUCGUUCAAGACGACGGUAUGGAUAAGAAAGAGGUCGCUCGCUUACAAGAGGAGGGGCAGAAUCUUGCUGAUAACCUACACUGUUCAUACAUGGAGGCGUCAGUCGGCGAGCUCGGUACAGAAGCGUUAACAGCAGAUGCUGUACAAGAGCUAGUUCGCGCGAAUCGCGACAAGGCGAGCUAUGCGCACCUCUACCGUGACUUGAUUGUGUGCUACGACGCGGACAUACGGAUAAUGGUGUGCAUGUUCUGCGACGACCCGUACUCGCCGGACCGCGUGCUCAGCCCCCUACUGUUGCAUCGAGCUUGUUUCCUCACGGGCGAUAGGUCGAUUGUGAUUGAGACCUUUCUGGGCGAUUCUAAGCGGAAAGUUGAAGUUAUAAUAUCUAGUUUCCACGGCGCCAGUCAGUUCAGAGAAGAGUUGAUACAUGGUUUUAUUCUCAUCUACUCUGCUAAGAGGAAAGCCAGCUUGGCUACUUUGAACGCGUUCUCCAUGAACAUACCAAACCUGCCAAUCCAAAUGGUGGCAGUCACAGAUGGUGGUGGGUCAGCAGCUAACACGUUCUUCGGUACGGAUCUCGGCCACGCUCUCAUUACGGAUGGAAACGCGACUGCCGAUCGACUCGCAGCGCACUUCACUACGUACACGUAUAGUAACACGGCGGAGACUAAGGCGGCGUUCUACACGCCGUUCUUCAAGGAGGUGUGGGAGCGUAAGGGCGAGAUUGAACGCGCGUUCCGCAUGGAGCGGUCGGGCGGCGCGCGGCACAACCACAACCUGCCCGACGUGGCCGCGGCCCGCCCCGCGCCGCACCCCUACCGCCUGGACACGAUGGAGCACAAACUGACAAAUUCAUUGGAUUUACUGAUUGGACCCGACUCACGCGCCGACAUGGAGUCAGAAUACAGCGAUACUCUUAAUAAUUCGAAGAAUAGAAGUUUUCUUAAAGGUUUCAGCGUAUACCCGCCUCCGAGCACGCCUCCAGAGCCCGCGCCGCCCGACCACAGGAUGCACGCUGAUUUGUCGCCGGACCUCAACUGUUCGGAGGACUCACUCAGCACGCACGAGUCAGAUGGCGGUGGUCUCUGGCAACCGGCAGGUUACGGGCCGCGUGCGUUCACAACGGGCCGAGCUCGGCCACACCCACCUCCUCACAGGCCAAGACAUUCGCAGACUUUGAAGCAACCUGGUAAACUGGAUAUGAACAACUACACGAUGGUAAGCGAUGCGCUGCAACACAUCACCAUUGGACCAGCGCAUUCUAGAGAUAGAAAGUCGUACGGGCCGUCCGGCGGGCACCACCACCCGUCCGGCGUCAGCUCUGAGACCGAACUCGACGCGCAGUACGCACAGAUAAAAGAGACAAAUGAAUACAUGGAGGCGCCAUCUAUGACCAGACUGAGGAGGCACAGGAGACACGAAAAGACACCCAUGCAUCAACCAUCGUUCUCGGAAACGGACAGCUCCGGUUCGAGCGAGGCAUCUGGCGGAGUGGCCCGCGUGCACGCGCGUCGCAGGCACAACGCACACCACGCGCCCAGGCAUUAUAAGAAACGGUCAUUGGGUAAUUUGGUAGCGGUACAAAGUCCCCGCGUGCCAAAGCUGGGAAUGUUUGUGGGUCCGCCGGAAUUGCCCACUGGGUAUAGAGCCAGGACGCAAGAGGAUAAAGCGAGUGAAUCCAGCGAGGGCAGUUCUGACGGAGAGACGUCUCGACGCACAAGACCUCUACCGCCACCACCGCACCAUGAACCACCUCAUAAAAUGCUAUCGGGUGACUAUCCAUCAUCAGCGCAAGACAACUCGUCGUCUUCCGCGGCGGAUUCGCGCCGACGCCCUCAGGCGUUUAGCAAACACGACCGAAGACAUAAGGAAUUUAAAAACAAGGACAAGAAGAAUUCGUCGCAGCUGCAGAAUACUGCGUCUCCGCAAAAUUGGGGACCUCAGGGCGGUCACGGCGUGCCGCUGUUCGUGGAGAAGUGCGUGCAGUUCAUCGAGCGCGAGGGGCUCGCGUCCGAGGGGCUGUACCGCGUGCCCGGCAACCGCGCGCACGUCGACAUGCUCUUCAACAAGUUCCGCGACGAUCCCAAUGUAGAUCUAGACGCGCUAGACAUUCCAGUGAACGCGGUGGCGACGGCGCUCAAGGAUUUCUUCUCGAAGAAACUGCCGCCUCUGUUAGAUGAGGCCAGUAUGGCGCAACUUGAAGAUAUAGCUGCGAUGCGCGGCUGCAUAGCGGGUGGAGUGGAGCUGAAGGACCGCAGCUGGCGGCUGCUGGCCCUGCGCGCGCUGCUCAACUCGGCCCUCACCGCGCCCGCAAGGGCCACGCUCGACUACCUGCUGCAUCACUUCGCGAGGGUCGCGGACAACUCCAAACUGAACUCGAUGGACAGCAAGAACCUGGCGAUCUGCUGGUGGCCGACGCUCCUGCCGGUGCAGUUCUCUGACAUGGGCCGGUUCGAGAUGACGCGGCCGUACCUGGAGGACAUCGUGCAGACGAUGAUCGACCAGCAUCCGUUCCUGUUCCGCGGCCAGGAGGCGUUCGUCAUGGUGUGAGGAACGUGUGAACCCACAAUGCAGGUUGCAUUUGUGAUGGACGACGUGUGACGUCACCCAGCAGUGACGUGACGUGACGUGACGCAACGUGACGCGUGUCGUCGCGGCAUCACACGCGACACAGUGCGGUGGGCGGUGUCGAGGACGUUCGUGGGUUCGAUUCCGGAUGGACAUGUUUUGUAAUCGUUCCAGCUAUUGUUACACGUAGUUAUAUUUGUGUACGCGAUGAAAUUAUUUUUUACAAGUGUUGUUCAUAUCAUGACGUCGCGGUGGGACUGUUAUACUGUAAUAAACGAUAAAAUGAACGUUAUUUUUAACGUUCCAAACAGUUUUUAACGUGAAUAGCGCAAUGUUUUAACGGUAUUUUUAACUGUAUAAUAGUUGUACGGUGAUCCCGCUUUGAUAUAUGUAGCGUAUGGCUUGUCGAUGUUCUGCGCUUUUUUAUCGAAGGUUUUAUAUUAGGGAUGGGACUCGGAGCAGUAUUUUAUCGAUCGAGAUGGUAUUCGUAUUAAGUAUUGCACAAAUAUUAUGUAUUUAAUGGGAGUUUUUUGUAUUAUCGAUAUUUAUUCGUGUAAUCGACGUGACAUCACUUAAGCACAUUCCGUUCAGUCGAGAGUAAUUAAAUAAGUAUAUGAUAUUAAUGUAAUAACGUAUUAGCGUAUAUCCACGUGAUGGUCUGAUAUUUUUUGCUUUUUUAAUAUAUAUUUUUUUUGUAUAUUUUCUUUUUUUUUAAGUCGUUUUUUCUAUUAUCGUACUAGCUACAUACAUAAUUUAUUUAUAUUAAGCUUUGUUUUUAGCCUGAUUCUCGUUUAUAGUAUAGGAUUUUAAUUAUUUACGAACAAAAAUGUUGCCAUGCAUAAAAAGGGGAGUGUCUUGCCCUAUGUUAAAGUAUAAAUUAUGGUUCCUUAAAAUUUUUGCCAAUAUUAUUAUUUAUGAAAUAAUACGAACACGCUUGCCCUUAUAAAGUUUACAUUUAUAGGUGGGCAGUUAUGUUAUUGGUGAACCUCAUAUAUAUUUUAAAAUUUAUUUGCCGUGUGUUAAAAAUUGGCAGCUUAUGUAAAUAUUUAUAUUAUUAUAGUUUAAUUAAAAUACGAUUUGCAUCACAAUUAUAUUAUUUUAUUAGAAGCUAUUUUAUGGCCAAAGAAAGAAAUCGUUUGACAUAUUACUGUAUUUAUUUCGACAAAAUGUUUUAAAACGGGAAUAAAUAGCACACUCAAUUAAAUGCUAAAACUUUUGCAAAAAAAACCUGCUCUGUAAGUUGUUGAGUACAUAAUUGAAAGAAAAUCUUAAAAUUCAUUGUCAAAGUUACUUUCGAUUUUUUUUUUCAAAUUUACUCAGAAUGAAUUAAAAAGUGUGUCUAUUUGUGCUUGUUUUAAAAAUUAUCAUGUGAUUGAUAUAAUUUAAGGUACGAAUUCAAGCUACAUAAAAAAAAAGAAAUGGUUUGGUUGCAUUUUAAUACGCAUUGAUAUAAAGUCUUAACGUGCAAAUUGUAAUAAAAGUAAAGAUACAAUAAAAGUAGUCUCGUAAGUUACAUUUUAAAAUCAAAUGUGAAAUUACCAACCAAAAAUAGAUCUUAUUUUCAUGUCAUUUAAAUUCGUUUUCGCAUACGCGUAUCAAUGUUCUGGGG